UCCUAUAUCGAGAAAAAUAUUACCACUCAGUCACCGAGUGUUAUACAACAAUAAACUGGCAACAGUAUCACAAUUGUUUUGUAUUAUACAGUUACUGGUUGAUAAUGGUUCCAUAUAUAUUUUUUCGAUAUGGAUGAAAUGUUGACGACCUGAAUAGAAUGAAGCUUUGUAGAUCAACCCAUCCAAAUUCGUAACUAAAUUUCUGCACAAUGAAUUCUUUGUCUCUAAGCGUACUCUUCCUGAUAUGUCAUGUUUCAUGUAGUGAAGUGAAAGGAUGUCGCGUUAUAAGAAAAGAUAGAUACUUAUGUUAUGGGAGCCAUUUUGUUCCAAUUUUACCAAAUUACACUACAUCUGUAACAUUCACAGAUCUAAAAAUUCACAAUUGGGACAACCAAACCUUUCAAAAUUUGACAGAACUGCCCUUACUAGAACAUUUGUUAAUUAAAUCCACCCGGCUUAAGACAUCUACUAAUGAUGUAUUUAAGUCUUUGAAGUAUAUAGAAGAAUUCGAAAUUAUUAAUCUUCAGUUGCCCCUUCCAGAAUUACGAAAUGUGCUGUUUGGUUUACCACUGACUACAAAAAAUUUAGUUUUCACUGAAAUGAAUUUGGAAUAUUUCACUAAAGAUAUAUUUGAUGGUCUCAGAGGAACAAACGUUUCAACAAUUAUCAUAGAGCAAUCUACAAUGUUACGUUUUGAUGGCAGCUAUUUCACCGGUAUAGAUCGAUUAGAACAACUUGUUCUUCAAAGAGACGGUAUUACCAGAGUUACCGACUGGGGAUAUCUUCCUAAUUUGACUUAUCUAGAUUUGUAUCAUAACGAAAUUUCAAUUUUACCAACAUUUAGAAAUGAAUCAGGAUUUAUAUUUUACCCAAAACUUGAAAAGCUUUUCUUAGGUUUAUCAGGACUUACUUACCUAAACAGCAAUUUUUUCAAAGGAUUAGACCGUCUACAUACACUGGGUAUCUAUGUUGGUGAUAUCUAUUUAAUCAGCUCGGAUGUUUUCCAGAAAUUGAAACAUCUACGAGCAGUAAGUUUAGUAUCUCGUAAUCACCGUAUCAUAAGAUUUGAGCGAAACGUCUUCAAACUCAAAUUAUUGGAAUCAGUGGAGCUAAUUAACAUUCAUGUUGAUGUUAACGAAGGCAAACCCUCUUCGUUAUUAAAGUCGUGCACACAGCUAAGAAAUUUGAUUCUGAGAAAUGUCAGUAACAUAAACGCCAACGAUUUACUUAAGCCACUGACUAAACUGGAAAAUCUGAAGAUUACUGAUGGGCAGGUUAGAAGUGUUCCAGAUUCGAUUUGUAAUAUGAACAAUCUUACAAAACUUUCCAUUUGUUAUACAACUGUUAGCAAAUGGAACAAAGCGAAUUGCUCAGCUAUGAGAGUAUUGCGUAAACUGGAGUUAAAGCAUAAUAAAAUUAUCUAUGUUAAUCCAAAAUUAUUUUCUCAGUUACUAUUCAGCAACGAGAAACUGAAGAUUGAUCUCUCAAACAACCCGUUCGUUUGUGACUGCAAAACACUCUGGUUUCGAGACUGGUCACGGAAAAAUGCAGGGCGAUUGAAGAAUUACAAAAUUUACCGUUGCUUCAGUCCCAACUCACUUGGUCACGUUCAUUUGCGAAAUUUUUCUCUAAGCUGGGAUUACUGUGAAAACAUAAACAAACCAUCUUCUAUCGCCGUUGCUGGAGUGAUUGUAGCUGUGCUGGCAGUGAUGUUUGUAUUUACAGCAAUAUUAUCAUAUACAAAACGAUGGUCGAUUCGCCUCUGUAUUUACCAAUCAUUAGUAAGAAAGAGAAAAUACAAAGCGCUCGUUAAUAAUGGCCAAUAUAAGUACGAUGCGUUCAUAUGUUAUUGCAGCACUGACGUCAACUGGGUUCUGAAUAAACUUUUACCCAUUAUAGAAGAAGAAAACCAUUUCAAUUUAUGUUUGCAUGACAGGGACUUUUUGGUUGGAAACGAUAUUGUUGAUAAUAUCGUAGACAGCAUGCAACAAAGCCGUAAGGUUGUUCUAGUGUUGUCAAAUGAUUUUGCUCAGAGUAGCUGGUGCCAGUUUGAAGCAAGUAUUGCCCAGCAAAAGAUCUUAGAAGAGCACUACGAUAUUAUCAUUCCUGUUUUGUUAAAUGAAAUUCCGUCGAAUUUACAAACUAAAAGGCUUGGAAUUUUACUGAAACAGAAAACGUACCUCGAAUGGCCGAACGACGAACAAUAUGAAGAAAUGUUUUGGGAACGUUUUAUAGGACGGCUGAACGCAAAUGAUAUCGAUAACGAGAUUUAGAGCUAAAUGGUAGAGCGUUAGUUUCAAAGCAGACAAACAAUUACACAGGAGAAGUAAAGCUGUUGCUAAUGUAUCCAUAAAUAUGUAUCAGUGAUACAAAUCUAGAAAAGAGUCUUUAUAGUGAAUAUUCUAUGUAUAA